CGUCAUCAUUGUAGGAAGUCGGAUGUAAACACGUCGAGGUCCAAAGUCUCAUGACUUAAAAGCUGCUUGAAGGUCCAGGAUGACUGAGGUGAGCCACCAGCAGUGGGGAGAGGUGUCUGGCCUGGGCAGUGUGGACCUGUGGGUUCUCCAGUCAUCCCAGGUGCGGGUGGAGAUCCUCACCCUGGGAGCCAUUAUCAGGUCUGUGUGCAGCAGAGGGAAGGAUGGUCAAGUGGAGGACGUAGUCUUGGGCUACGAUGACCUGGAAGGUUAUGUGUCAGAUAAGCGGUACCUGGGAGCUGUCGUAGGCCGUGUGGCCAACAGGAUCGCUCGGGGACGCUUUGUCGUGGAGGGAAAAGAGUAUCAGCUGGAUAUCAACAAUGGGCCUAAUGCAUUGCAUGGAGGGCUGCGGGGCUUCAAUAAGGCUGUCUGGCUCGCUAUAGCUGUGGAAGGGGGUGUACAGCUGAGUCAUACCAGUCCAGAUGGAGACCAGGGUUAUCCUGGAGAGGUUCAGGUCUCCGUCACCUACACCCUGCAGGGGGAAACACUAACUGCUGAAUACCGGGCCAGGUCUACCAAAACCACCCCCAUCAACCUCACCAACCACUCAUACUUCAACCUGGCUGGACAGGGUGCAGCAGAUAUCUAUGACCAUGAAGUGUCCAUCAGUGCUCAGUCCUACCUGCCUGUGGAUGACACAUCCAUUCCUACAGGAGAGAUCAGAGCAGUGGAGGGCACGCCCUUUGACCUCAGAAAGCCUGUUCUGAUUGGUCCUCGGCUGAAGGACGUUCCAGGUCCAGGGUUUGACCACAACUUCUGUCUGUCCUCACCCGGAGACGCCUGCACAGAGAGACAUUCUGCCAGAGUGUGUCACCCGGCCAGUGGGCGUGUCCUGGAGGUUUCUACCAGCCAACCAGGAGUCCAGUUCUACACUGCCAACUUCCUGGAUGGCUCUAUAACAGGAAAGAGUGGGGUUAGGUACGGGAAGCACAGUUCCUUCUGUCUGGAGACGCAGAAUUGGCCUGAUGCUGUCAACCAGGCUUCAUUUCCUGACUGCCUCCUGCGUCCUGACGAGAACUAUCAACACGUCACUCGCUUCACCUUCACCACCGUCUGAUCUGACUUCUGCCAACAGUGGGACAGAGAAGAAGAAGAAGAAAACUGGGUAGAAAAUGACGUCCAUUAAUUCAUUCUACACAUCAACGUAUAGAAUAUAACCGCGUACCACACAGUUCAGUGCCUUUUUUCAGUGCACACUGAGUCCCCCGGCUGUGUCACUGUUUAAUUCGAUGUAGGUUUUGUUUUACCAGGCCAGUGCUGUGAUGGACCGAACAGACAGAAUAAAGACUGUGUCUGUGACGUCAGGUGUGAGGCAGCCUGACCAGACUCUGUUAGUUAUAAUGUGAUUUGUGAUCUGUGCCAUGUUUCUCACUUUAAACUAAAACCUAUUAAAGAGCUUACUC